AUGGUCGAAAUAACAAUAACAUAUUGCCCUUUCGAUGGUUAUCAAUUCUUUGAAGAAGAUACAAAGUGUAAAUUUUGUGACUUUGAUAGAUCUCGUGCGAGGAGUUUGUUAAAAAAUUCAUCAUCUAAAAGUGAAAAGAAACCGCCAUGGCGGAAAUUAUUAUGGAUAAAGCAAGAUUAUCCAGAUGACCAUGUGGAUGAUACUUUCUUGGAUGAAUUACAAAAAAAUGUCAACGUUAGAGCAUACGAUUAUUGGACUGUCGUUAUGGAAUCAACUGUUAUUUCACAACAUAUAAGCAGCAUUGUUAUAUUUAUUGCUGUUUUCAUAGACCUUUUUUGGGGCAGACUAUCAGCACAAAAUUUAAUUAUAAGUGGGACGGUACUGACUAUUAUAGGUUAUAUAUUUUGGGAUAAGAGUAUAUCAAAAACCGAUCCUGCAUAUGAAUAUAAAAGAUGGAAAACAGCCAAAGGUGCUGUUUUAUUUUUUGUGACACUACUGGGAUUGUCACCAAUCCUAAAAACACUAACGAAAGACACUAGUAGUGAUACUAUUUGGGCAUUGACUGUGAUACUAUUUCUCGCCAAUAUGUUAUUUCAUGAUUAUGGAUCUGAAAAUAGAACGAACAUUAAAUUUCCGGGUUCUUUAUCAACAAAUGCUGCAAUUUUUGCAUCUGUAUUAUUAGCAUCAAGAUUAGAAGUAAAUUCUCAUGUAUUUGGUUUGAUGUUAUUUGCCGUUGAAUGGUUUGCUCUAUUUCCAAUUUUUCGUCGGUACACAAAA